AUGUUCAGCGCUCAGAGACGUGGCCGAGCCCACCUCUGCACCAAACCCACCUCUGCACCAAACCCACCUCUGCACCGAGCCCACCUCUGCACCAAACCCACCUCUGCACCAAACCCACCUCUGCACCGAGCCCACCUCUGCACCAAACCCACCUCUGCACCGAGCCCACCUCUGCACCAAACCCACCUCUGCACCAAACCCACCUCUGCACUGAGCCCACCUCUGCACCAAACCCACCUCUGCACCAAACCCACCUCUGUACCAAACCCACCUCUGCACCAAACCCACCUCUGCACCAAACCCACCUCUGCACUGAGCCCACCUCUGCACCAAACCCACCUCUGUACCAAACCCACCUCUGCACCAAACCCACCUCUGUACCAAACCCACCUCUGUACCAAACCCACCUCUGCACCAAACCCACCUCUGCACCAAACCCACCUCUGCACCAAACCCACCUCUGCACCAAACCCACCUCUGUACCAAACCCACCUCUGUACCAAACCCACCUCUGCACCAAACCCACCUCUGUACCAAACCCACCUCUGCACCAAACCCACCUCUGCACCAAACCCACCUCUGCACCAAACUCACCUCUGCACCGAGCCCACCUCUGCACCAAACCCACCUCUGCACCAAACCCACCUCUGCACCAAACUCACCUCUGCACCGAGCCCACCUCUGCACCGAGCCCACCUCUGCACCAAACCCACCUCUGCACCAAACCCACCUCUGCACCAAACCCACCUCUGCACCGAGCCCACCUCUGCACCAAACCCACCUCUGCACCAAACCCACCUCUGUACCGAACCCACCUCUGCACCGAGCCCACCUCUGCACCAAACCCACCUCUGCACCAAACCCACCUCUGUACCAAACCCACCUCUGCACCAAACCCACCUCUGUACCAAACCCACCUCUGUACCAAACCCACCUCUGCACCAAACCCACCUCUGCACCAAACCCACCUCUGUACCAAACCCACCUCUGCACCAAACCCACCUCUGCACCAAACCCACCUCUGCACCGAGCCCACCUCUGCACCGAGCCCACCUCUGCACCAAACCCACCUCUGUACCAAACCCACCUCUGCACCAAACCCACCUCUGCACCAAACCCACCUCUGCACCGAACCCACCUCUGCACCAAACCCACCUCUGCACCAAACCCACCUCUGCACCGAGCCCACCUCUGCACCAAACCCACCUCUGCACCAAACCCACCUCUGUACCGAACCCACCUCUGCACCGAGCCCACCUCUGCACCAAACCCACCUCUGCACCAAACCCACCUCUGUACCAAACCCACCUCUGUACCAAACCCACCUCUGUACCAAACCCACCUCUGCACCAAACCCACCUCUGCACCAAACCCACCUCUGUACCAAACCCACCUCUGCACCAAACCCACCUCUGCACCAAACCCACCUCUGCACCGAGCCCACCUCUGCACCGAGCCCACCUCUGCACCAAACCCACCUCUGUACCAAACCCACCUCUGCACCAAACCCACCUCUGCACCAAACCCACCUCUGCACCGAACCCACCUCUGCACCAAACCCACCUCUGCACCAAACCCACCUCUGCACCAAACUCACCUCUGCACCGAGCCCACCUCUGCACCGAGCCCACCUCUGCACCAAACCCACCUCUGCACCGAACCCACCUCUGCACCAAACCCACCUCUGCACCAAACCCACCUCUGCACCAAACUCACCUCUGCACCGAGCCCACCUCUGCACCGAGCCCACCUCUGCACCAAACCCACCUCUGCACCAAACCCACCUCUGCACCGAGCCCACCUCUGCACCAAACCCACCUCUGCACCAAACCCACCUCUGCACCGAGCCCACCUCUGCACCGAGCCCACCUCUGCACCAAACCCACCUCUGUACCAAACCCACCUCUGCACCAAACCCACCUCUGCACCAAACCCACCUCUGCACCGAGCCCACCUCUGCACCGAGCCCACCUCUGCACCGAACCCACCUCUGCACCAAACCCACCUCUGCACCACAUAAACCUCCUGUGCACCUUGCAAUAA